AUGUCCAGCGGGUAUAGACGUGGCGGUGAUAGAGGAGGACAGACCGGCUUCCGUGGAGAUCGCGGAGGCAGAGGAAGAGGGGGAAGGUCCGACCAGGGAGGAGGCCAGAGACGCCGGGGAGGGAGCGGUGGUUUUCAAGGCUUUAGAGGGACUGAGCAAGUCAUCCAGGUCUUUUCCAAUCCACAAGGCCAAGAUCCGAAAGUCGCCACAGUCGAAGAUGCCUUGCAUCCAGCGACAAAGAAGACACUCGAUCUUAGCAGCUUGAGGGUGACUGAAGGCUUCCCCAUCCGUCCGGGAUACGGGACCAGAGGCACCAAAGUUGAACUCACGGCAAAUUACGUCGAAUUGUUGCCGCCAUCAGAUUUGAUUCUACACCGAUACGAUAUCCAGAUCAGCCCAGAGGUCGCAGGAAGGAAACGUUCCCGAGUCGUACAGCUCUUGCUGCGGUCGGCGGAAGUGGCAUCGCACCGGGACGAGGUUGCGACUGACUUUCGAUCUACCCUUAUAUCCAAAACCAAGUUUCCGCGUGAUGAGACCAUCAUCGAGAUCCGCUACGCUUCUGAAGGUGAAGACGAGCCGAUGGCUAGAGCCACCACAUAUAGAGUCCGUGUCCUCUAUACGAAGACCUUGUGUAUUCUCGAGUUGAUCAACUAUAUAAACUCUACGAAUCUGGACCAGUCUUUCGGAGACAAGCAGGAAUUGACGCAAGCUCUGAAUAUCUUUCUAAAUCACUUCGCCAAAUCUGCAGGAAAUCUUGUUAGUAUUGGAUCAAAGACCUUUUCUCUGAACCAAAAUGCAGUAAGAGGAGACUUAGGUUCCGGCUUAGAAGUCAUUCGGGGCUUCUUUUCAAGCGUGCGCAUGGCGACCUGUCGCAUCCUGGUCAACAUUAAUGUCAGCCACGGAGCUUUCUAUCAGUCUGGCCCUUUACUGGCGCUCAUGAACAGCUUCGGUGUCCGCAACACAGCCGCCUUGGAAAAGUUUCUCAAACUACUUCGUAUCCGAACCACGCAUCUGCCUGAAAAGCGCAACAGAGCCAACGAGGUAAUUCCCAGAGUCAAGACUAUCUUUGGACUUGCCAGGAAGGACGACGGACAUCACAUGGCUCACCCACCUCGCGUUAGACAGCAUGGAGCAGGCGCUAAAGAUGUUGAGUUUUGGAUUGACGGUGAAGCCAGCUCUUCUAGUACAGCCACGGUAGACACCAAGAGCGGGACGAAAGGCAAGGGUAAGGGCAAGGGCAAGGCUCGGCUAGAGAGAUCGGCAAUAUCCGGCUCUGGAAAGUACAUCAGUGUGUUUGACUUCUUUAAAACAACAUAUGGUCGGAUCCUGCAACACCCCGAGCUCCCGUUGCUCAACUGCGGCAGUCGGGAAAGUCCAAUGUAUCUUCCAGUAGAAGUCUGCAUUGUCCUCCCUGGUCAGCCAUCGAAGUCGAAGCUCGACGGCACCCAAACCCAGCAGAUGAUUCGCCACGCUGUUCGGAAGCCUUGGGAGAAUGCGGCCGCAAUUGUCGCGGAGGGGGUGCAAACUGUUGGUCUCGACGAGAAUUCCAAUGCACUUAUGCGCUCUUUUGGCCUUAGAAUCGCACAAGGCCUCAUCAAAAUCCCCGGUCGCGUCCUUGUCGGCCCAAAGGUUAUCUACAAGGGCAAUAAGACCGCCAAUCCACGCUUCGGUAGCUGGAAUAUGAUCGAUAUCAAAUUCAACACCGGCGCCUCACUUGCCAGGUGGUCCUACCUGAUGAUUUCGCUUUCCGGCUUACGUGAUUCAUUCAACCAGGAAAGCCUAGGGGCCGUAAUGACAGAGUUCUAUGAAGCCUUGAAAAGAAUGGGUGUCGUCGUUUCUCCACCACUCGCAGGUCAACGCCUCCUACUUCAACAUCCAGAUGAUCAUGCGAUCAGCUCAAUUCUGCAGCGUGCCGCAGGAGCUUUAGAUCUGCUUUAUGUCAUUCUGCCCCAGGCCAACACGACACUAUAUAAGCGCAUUAAGACGCUCGCAGACAAGGAUUUUGGCAUCCACACUAUCUGCUCUGUGGCUUCCAAACUUGCGAAAGAGCGUGGUCGCGACCAAUAUAUGGCCAAUAUCGCUCUGAAGUUCAAUCUUAAGCUGGGCGGUAUCAAUCAGAUCGUGGAGAACAGGAAUCUCGGCAUCGUCGACCAGAACAAGACCAUGGUUGUCGGCAUCGAUGUGACACAUCCUUCGCCUGGCUCCUCCUCCAACGCACCUUCGAUCUCUGCAAUGGUGGCUUCUAUUGACAGAUCUCUAGGGCAAUGGCCCGCGACAUUGCGCAUCCAACGCGCGAGGCAGGAGAAUGUCGACGACCUCACAGAGAUGUUUAAGUCUCGCCUGACCCUAUGGAAGACCAGAGGCAAACAUACCGCCCUUCCUGAGAACAUUCUCAUUUACCGCGAUGGAGUCUCCGAAGGUCAGUAUGAUAUGGUGCUCUCGCGAGAGCUUCCUCAACUCCGCCGCGCCUGCGAAGAGGUGUACCCAACAGCCGAUACCAAAUUAGGCCUUCCACGAUUCACUAUCAUAAUCUGCGGCAAGCGGCAUAAAACCCGAUUCUACCCCACCACCGAGGAAGACUGCGACAGGUCUGGUAAUACCAAGCCUGGCACUGUCGUCGACCGCAGGGUGACCGAAGCACGGAACUGGGAUUUUUUCCUGCAGGCACAUGCCGCACUUCAGGGGACUGCACGGCCAUGUCAUUACUACAUCGUGCAUGAUGAGAUUUUCCGGCAGGUCUAUGCGAAGUCGAUUCCGGCUCCAUUUCAGAACAUUGCCGAUAUCGUAGAAGAUCUCACACAUAAUAUGUGCUACUUGUUCGGCCGCGCAACCAAGGCUGUAAGUCUAUGUCCUCCAGCAUACUACGCUGAUCUCGCGUGUGAGCGCGCGAGAUGCUAUCUGGCAAGUUUGUUCGACACGCCGUCCCCGAGUGCGGCCCCGUCCGUGACUGGAUCAUCGGCGGCUGAAGGAGGUUGGCAGCCUGGCGCCAAUGACGUGCAGAUCCAUCCGAAGCUGAAAGACACGAUGUUCUAUAUCUAA